AUAUUUUGAUUUAGUUUUUAUAUGUCACAAAGAUGUAGUGUCAUUAGAUAGAUAAUCAAGACAUUAUUACUAGUUUUCUUCUUUCAUUUCUCUCUUUCUGUCUUCUUGCUUGUUUAAGUGGAGAACUCUAAGACAAACUAAACUAUUUUUUUUUUUUUGUCUCUUCUUACAUAUGAAUCAAGACAUGAUGAUUCCACAUAAUCAUGACCGCCUCUCAUUCUCUAGCUUUGUCCAUGACCAAGAGCACAUCACCCCUAAUCCUUACCCUAACUCUCAGCCUGCAGCCUCCACUAAAACACCCAAGAAAAAGAGAAACCUUCCAGGAAAUCCAGAUCCAAAUGCAGAAGUCAUCUCUCUAUCUCCAAAAUCCCUCAUGGCGACAAAUCGGUUCUUUUGUGAAAUUUGUAACAAGGGGUUUCAGAGAGAACAGAACCUUCAGCUCCACAAAAGAGGCCACAACCUGCCAUGGAAGCUGAAGCAGAAAACGAACAAGAAUCAGGUGAAGAAGAAAGUUUAUAUAUGCCCUGAGAAGAGUUGCGUCCAUCAUGAUCCAGCUCGAGCCCUAGGAGACCUUACUGGAAUAAAGAAGCACUUUAGCAGGAAACAUGGAGAGAAGAAGUGGAAAUGCGAUAAGUGUUCCAAGAAGUAUGCUGUGAUAUCCGAUUGGAAAGCUCAUAACAAGAUUUGUGGUAGCAGAGAGUUUAGAUGUGAUUGUGGUACUCUUUUCUCCAGGAAGGACAGUUUCAUCUCACAUAGAUCCUUCUGUGAUGUCUUAGCUGAAGAAAGUUCUAAAUUCUUCUCAGUUCCUUCACCAUUAGCCGCCAAUUCGACCAUCGCCACUGUCACUGAUACCAACAAUCCAAUUCUCAUUCAAUCACAAUUGGAUCAAUCUUCCACAGGUACGGCCGAUCUUAACGUCAACAACAAUCACACCACCCUAUUUGGACAAAAGUUCACCAACUCCAACCCAACCCAACAACAACCCAAUGCUUUGGCGUUGUCCUCACCACCAUCACCUCGUAGUACAUCUGAUUCGGUUCAUAAUCUAUGGAAGUUACAAGAAGAGGAAUGUGCACACCAGUGGUUACUCAAUGAAUAUAUGAACAAUAACAAAAACAUAUUCCAUAAGGGAAUAUUCAAGAAUCAAGAAGAUGAGAUAAAGAAGGGAAAUAUCUACAGCGGCUCAAACCCAACCGAUGGAAACAUAGCAUCCUUGUUCUCGUAUAAUCAAGAAGCAGUGAAUAUGGCUUCAUUUUCGGCAACAACAUUGCUUCAAAAGGUAGCUCAAACGGGAACACCAUCAAGCUCCGAAACUAGCACCACCAUGUUUGGGCAAAUGACUUCCUCCAUCUUCAACAAUACGAUGCUAAACUCCUAUUGUUUAACGGCGAAGAAUAAUGAAGAAGAGUUGACCAGAGACUUUCUUGGUGUGGGAAGUAGUGAGGACCAACAACGUCUACAUCGUCAUCGCUUCCCAUCAAGCGUGCCAUUGACGGCGAACCAUGAUAUUCCCAAGUUGGCCGCAACCAUUGUAGGCAGGAAGCAACCAUAGACAUGGCGUCAUCUGAUUCUGAAAUUACUCGUUUUUGUUGACAUGCAAGGUAAUUAAAGAUAGAAAAACUAUCUCCACAAGUUCUUUAGAAAAACUAUAGAACAAAAACCUGAAGCGAUAAUUUGUUUACAAAAUAAUAUGUACGUGGA